GUGGGCAUGGCCCUCCUUUUUGGACUUUGCGAUGCGCAGUGCCGGUCGGGCUCCUUUCUGACGACAAUGCGUUAUUGCAGCUACAGUACCGGCACGAGCACUACGACGCUGGGAGCGACAUCAAGGAGGUAGCCUCGACGACGGCAGCCCCCUCGACGACAGCCCCCACGACGGCUAUCUCGAGCAGCACGACCUCUUUGCCUCAACUUUUUGAGGAAGAUGUUGGUGCAGGUUCCAGCAGCAUCCCAGUGCCAGACGUGGCACCCUUCAAUGUCGGGAAUGUCAUCCAAAUCUCCGAUUCCAAUGCAGCUGAGACUAAGGCCUUCACCAACAUCACCUCGGCAUCAGGUCUCCUUGAGCAACAACAGGCCAGGCGAACUACACACAUGGCCGUCCCGAGAAACCUCGUCGUGGACUCACCACUGCCGAACGAUUACCUGGUGAACCGGUCAGCAAGAAUCAAAGUCUUGCCGGACGAGCCGACAGAUGAAACGCAAGACAAGCCAUAUCGAACCGGACGGCGUUGGCCUUGGCGCAAGAAUCCCUGGUGGUACAAUUGUCUGAAGCUCCCAUGUGUGCUGGCCCUCCUGUUGUUUGUGGACCCUAACAGCGGAAAAACCCGAGGGUUUGGCAAAAACGGUUAUGGAUCCUAG